AUGUCAGCUGCACCAUGUCCUCCACACGACCCCGAGCUUGAUCCCGAGCUAGAUCUUGAUCCUUUUAAUCAGCCUGAUGUUGCACCUGCUGAUCCUGAGCUGAUACUUGACCCAGACCCUAUUCCUUUUGGCUUACCAGACAUUGCACCCCUUAUACCUGACCCAGUUCCUGCACCUGUUGACCCUCAUGUUGUUGAGCUGUUUGUUCCUGCACCCGCACCUGCUGAUGUUGCUCCUUUUCCUCCUGUGGAGUCCGACGUCCAUCGCACUGAUUUGCCUAUCGUCUUCCUUCAGGACAUACCCGCACCCCGUCCAGGGGAAGGUACUUCUGGUCAGCACCCGCGUGACGAUCCUUUUGUUUCAGCAGCUUUUCCACAGAUCCCUCAGUCUGCACCGUUUUCUGCAUUUACUUCUUCACCACUUGAUGAGCCAUUCCGAUGGUCCCCACCAUAUUCCAUGCCGACCUCAGACCCCUACCAUCCCUCGCAUUUUGUUGGCUAUACGCAGGAUGAGUUACUUUAUUCGCUUCAGCUUCGAUUUGAAGUUAUGAGUCACAGAGUCUUGGAGCUUGAGUCGAUACCGCGUCCUUUACCGUGUCCUUGUCAGCCUGCUUUUGUUCCCCCACGUUCAUCAUCAUCUCCUUUUGCACGUCCACCUGUUCCUCUUACUCCUUUUCCAGGUUGCUACUUGCUUCGUGAUGUGUGCAAACUCGAGGAGGAGCUCGCACAUGUUCUCAGCUUGAUUUUCCUCCCUCCUCCUCCUCCGCCAUCAGUACAAUAG